GAAUUUACAUGGCGUGACCAGCCUUGGCUUAAAGCAGGCUCUGGAGUUUGCAUACACAGGACAGGAUUAGAGAAUCUGAGAUUGAGAAAGAGAAAAAUGAAAGUUUGUGGUUGACGUUUACUGUUGUUGGACUUAGAAGUAAAAUGGACUAACCACCUCUGGUCUCAAAUUGCAAGGAGAAAUAUUUUGUUGGAGCCAGGCGUGAUCCAGGAUGUGUUAGCAGCUGGCAGUCACCUACAGCUGUUGGAGCUUCUCAGUUUAUGUUCCCACUAUCUUAUCCAGAUGUGGGAUCCUGUAUACAAUCUACUUCUUAGGGCUGUUGGAGGAUUCGAUGAGAUAGUAAAGUAUCCAUGCGAAGUAUCCUACAGCACAGCCUCCUCCACGCAGUGGGUACCCUGGAAGCCAGAGCCAACAGAAUGGAAUGCCUCAUAUGAAUUAAAUAGCUUUAAUUACUUGGAUCUGUACAGACUUGCUGACCUCUUUAACCUCACUUUGUUGGAGAAGGCAGUGAUCGAUUUCUUAGUGAGACAUCUCUCUGAACUCCUGAAGAGUCGCCCCGAAGACGUUCUAACGCUCCCUUAUUGUCUGCUUCAGGAGGUCCUGAAGAGCGACCGCCUGACCUCCCUGAGUGAAGAGCAGAUCUGGCAGCUAGCAGUGAGGUGGUUGGAACACAACUGCCAUUACCAGUACAUGGACGAGCUCCUGCAGUAUAUCCGCUUUGGCCUGAUGGAUGUGGACACUCUCCAUACAGUUGCCCUGUCCCACCCCCUGGUCCAGGCAAGUGAGACUGCAACAGCUCUUGUCAACGAGGCCCUGGAAUACCACCAGAGCAUCUAUGCUCAGCCCGUGUGGCAGACUCGCAGGACUAAACCAAGGUUCCAGUCGGACACUCUGUAUAUCAUCGGUGGGAAAAAACGUGAGGUCUGUAAAGUCAAGGAACUUCGGUACUUCAAUCCUGUUGACCAAGAGAACGCUCUCAUAGCUGCCAUUGCCAACUGGAGUGAGCUGGCCCCCAUGCCCGUGGGAAGGAGCCACCACUGUGUGGCAGUCAUGGGGGACUUCCUGUUUGUAGCAGGAGGGGAAGUUGAGCAUGCCAGUGGCCGGACGUGUGCCGUGAGGACUGCCUGUCGCUAUGACCCCCGCAGUAAUUCCUGGGCAGAGAUAGCACCCAUGAAAAAUUGCCGAGAGCAUUUCGUGUUGGGUGCCAUGGAUGAAUACCUCUAUGCAGUCGGGGGCAGAAAUGAACUGCGCCAGGUUCUGCCGACAGUUGAGCGGUAUUGCCCCAAGAAGAACAAGUGGACGUUUGUGCAGUCCUUUGACCGAUCCCUUUCGUGUCACGCUGGCCAUGUGGCGGAUGGGCUACUUUGGAUAUCAGGUGGAGUAACUAACACGGCACAAUAUCAGAACAGACUAAUGGUAUAUGAACCUAACCAGAAUAAGUGGAUAAGCCGCAGCCCAAUGCUGCAGCGGAGGGUCUACCAUUCCAUGGCUGCCGUGCGCAGGAAGCUUUAUGUCCUUGGAGGCAACGACCUGGACUACAACAACGACCGGGUCCUCGUGCGGCAUAUCGAUUCUUACCACAUAGACACUGACCAGUGGACGCGUUGUAACUUCAACCUGCUGACUGGCCAAAAUGAAUCUGGAGUUGCUGUCCAUAAUGAGAGAAUAUAUUUAGUUGGUGGAUAUUCGAUUUGGACAAAUGAGCCUCUGGCUUGUAUCCAGGUCCUGGAUGUAAGUAGAGAAGGCAAAGAAGAAGUGUUCUACGGGCCGACGCUCCCUUUCGCUUCCAAUGGGAUCGCAGCAUGCUUCCUUCCAGCUCCGUAUUUCACAUGCCCUAACCUUCAAACGCUGCAAGUGCCUCAUCACAGGAUUGGCACCGUCUGAAAAGCCAAUGCUCUGUUAAUAACCAUGAACAGGAGGGACAACAUGGCCUGACUUUUGGAUACUGAGCAUAAAAAGACUCAGUGCUCAAUGCUUCCUUGUUUUGUUUCAUAGGUCUUAUGUUCAGAUAAACAGUAGCAAAAAAAAAAGAACAAUUUUCUAAAAUACAUUACUGAAAAUGCCUGUCGCCCUUCUCAGUGUGUCUCAUACAAUACAAUACCGUAUGUAUGACUUUACUGUGGUAUAGCUUAGUGCUGAUUUCAUGGUCCGUUAUUGUUCUAUGGGUCCUUAGAGUGUUUUUGUCCACUUUUUCUAACCAGUGCUGUCUCGUACAACGUGACACUGUUGGUAAGUCCAUUUAUUUCACAAGUACUCUCACCAAUGAUCUUAAAAAAAAAAUCUUCAGUACUUAAUCCCUUUAUUACUUAAACCUGGGUUUGUAAUUUUUCUUUAAAAACGUAACAUUAUGCAGUCCCACUCAAUAGAGACACACAGCAUUAUGACAUCAUACAUCUUUAAAUGCCAUAUUUUAUCAAGGUAAUACAAAUAAUAGAAGUACACUGGAAUAGCAGUUGGAAUACCCAGACUUUUCACCUUGGCUAUUACUCUGUGACCUUGGGUUAGGGGCUUAACUUUCCAGUGCUUCAGUUUUCCCACUUUUUAAGGAGGGCAAUUAUUGAUUUCCAAAUUAAUUUAGAAGAAUGUUGUGAGAAUUGAGCAAAUGCUCCAAAGUACUUUGCCUAAGAAAAAAAAAUGUCAUUCAAAUGCCAAGGUAUUUUACUGUCUUUAGAACCAUAUAACUGAACAGUGAGAUUAUUUUUGAAGUUUAAAAAUUACUAGAUCUAUCUGAACACAUGCUAUGGGAUAAAUGAUUCUGACAUCAUGUGAAAGAGAUAUACUAAUUAGGAAAAAGGGAGUUUACCAAAGCCUACCAUUCCUAAACUUGUACAAAUCCUUGCCUCAAAUAGUAACUCUCUGAAACAUCUCAUUUAAACUCAUUUAGUGAAAAAUGAUAUUGUAUAGUUCGAAAAAAUUAGGUGUACUAAUUUUGGUACUACAAAGUGCUUUGACCUAAAUUUUAACGUAGCAUUAGUAGUUCUAAUAAAAGUUUUUCCAUUUUGUUAAAGAAUAUGUCAGUCUUGAGCGCUUGUGGAAUUCUUCUCCACCACCAAUAUAUAUUUUAUUACUACCACUUUUAAUAAUACAUAAGGAUUUUUUAGGCUAGGUUUUUGGAUUUGCUUUGUCUAUAACAAAAAAUAAAACGACUCAAUAAUAUGUGAACAUAAAUUCAAUAAGUAUAAGUAAGUUUUCCCCCUUUCCUAAUCUUGUUAAGAUCUAAGUCACCUUUAUUAAAAGGAAGACUUUACUCUGACUUUUUUCCUUAGCAUAGUUUAAUCAUUUAGCAAUCCUUGUCUUAUAGGAAUUUUUCAUUUUAUUCAUGUAACUAUUUUAGGAAUCAGAAGUGAAUGAAUAUCAUACGAUUUUUAUCCAAAAUACAGAAUUCACUAAUUUUAUACUCGUACAUUAUAAGAUACCUAAAAUAUUAAUUUUUAAAUAAAUAAUUAUGUAAAACUUCUGGUUAUUGAAACUAAAGGGUGGGAGACUAGGGGUAAGGAAUAAAGGUAAAUUUUUAAAAGAAUAGAUUUCAUUUACACAACUUUAAGAGUAUUUGUACAGUUCUGAAAAGUAAAGUGAUGAUAAUUGUUAUUUAGAAGGAUGACAGAGAAUCUCUUUAAAAGGUAUAAACCAUUUAAACUAAAUUUUAAAAAUAUCUCACCAAGUCAGGAAAAUGGACUCCAGCAUUUCACAAAUCUUUUCAACAAAGACCUAAGCAAGAAAUAUUUCAGAGUCAUUAAAAUUUCUACUUGAUAUACAAAUUUUCCCUCUAGUAUAAAGUUUUACCUUAUAAAACCAUUAAAAUCUAUUUAUAAUCUCAGCCCCUAAGUCCAAUGAACAAAAAGGAAACAGUCUAACACUAAGCUUGCUUAAUGAUAACUGAAAGGCAGCCUGAGAUUACUCUUGAGUACUUCUGUGUAGAUUUCUAAUCAUUUAAGAUCAGUAUGUAUUUUCAAACCCCUCCUUGGUGAACUUUAACAUAGUAUUCGCUAAUAUUACAAAAUUGAACUCAGAAAUUUUAAAAGCUUUACAUAAUUUUCAGAAACAUCCUUUAUAGUUACAGCCAAAGAACAGCAUCCAAAGUACAACAUAUCUCCCCUAGAAAGAAAAACUCAGAUCACUUACAAUUAGAUAAUUUUCCUCAAGUUAUCAGUAAUAAAAGCUAAUAAGAAAAAACUGUUUGGUCAUAUAAACUAAAUUCCAUUGAAAUUAUUUCAAUGUAUAUUUUCCGUAUAAGUGUACUAUCCUACAGUAAUUCAUCUUUUAUUUUCACUCUACAAAAUUAAAGACCAUAAUUGUAUUUGAAUUUAAGUUACUAAUUUGAAUUUCCAUAAGAAGACCAUGCAAGUUCCAACAAGUUACAUGUCAUUUCAAGGUUUUAAUUUUAAAAAAAGUACCACAUAGAUAUUAUUAGUGUUCUUAGUGUGGAAGGAAAAGCCAGCAAAGACAUGACUCUCUAAAAUACUGUGUAUGUAAAACACAAUAAAGUUCCUUAGAUUCCUACCAACAAAAUGACAAUUAGGUGACAAUUAGGGUAUUUUACAUAUUUCCUUCCUGGUUUAACCACUGUUAAACUGUAUCCCCUUCAGACACUGCAAUAGCUGGAAAAUUAGUGUUUUACUAUAAAGUAUAAAAGCAAUAGGAAUAAGAAAUUAUUUCUCCUAUUAACAUGGUUCAUUUUUAUUGUGGUUUCAAAUAGUCCAUCUGUCAUAAAGAGGGAAGUUGAAUAAUCAUGGGCACAGUGUAAGUGAAAUACAUACAUUUUUAUUAUAUAUCCUUAUUAUAUGCACAAAAUAACUUAUAAACAUGCAUAUGAAAUAAGAAUGCCUAAAAUUUUUCUAAAAGCACAAUUCACAGAGGCAAUAAAUCAGAUGUUAGCACAGCAAAAACUUUAAUAAGCAGAAAAUGAUCCCAAUCAUUUGGUAUUAUUUUUGGUAAUCUUACCAAUAUAGUUUAUCAUGAAUCAAAAUACAAAUCUCUUAUUAAAUAUGUGAAAGAAUAUGCUACUUUGCUAGCUUCCCAAACCAACUGUUUUAACCAAAGCUUGUUAUUUAUAUCAGGAUAUUAUAUACUUGACUGACAAGGCAAUAUUUUUAACCCUAGGAGUAGACGGCAAAUCCGUUUGGGGAAAAUAUAAGACUUAUGUAACAAGUCUAUCAAUCAAAAAGCAGUGGUUUAAUACUUUACAGCUUUUAAUGGGGAUUCUAUAUCUACCUUUUAUCUUUGAAACACAAGUGCUAUGUUAACAUGUAGUAUUUAGGGAAGGUAGGUUUCACAGAAGCUUUUACCAACUACAGACAGACACUUGUCAAAUUUUUAAAUAAAACAAUCUUAAAUGGGAAGUAAAAAUAAAAACUCAAAAAUUCUUUAAAAGUACAUGAAAAGAGGUCUAUGUAAUUCUAGAACAAAGUAGCUUUAAAGUUUUGUGAUAAAGCAAGAAGAUAGUAACAAUGAUGGGAACUGAGUACAUACACAUAAUCUAACAAACUACAAAUAUUUUUUUACACAGAUGCCCAGGAAGAAAAAGCCAAACAUGCUUAAGAAGAAAAGAAAAUGUACUAGGAAUAGGUAAAGAUAUAAAAGUUUUAAAGUAUGAAACUCUUCUAAUGCAAAUGAACUCAAUACUAAAUGAUUUUUGUACACAGACAAUACUCCAUGUUUUUUUUUUCUCCCCCAUGGACAUCUAAUUAAAUGUUGAAUUAAAAUUUAAAUCAUAACUAAUUCUGAAUGUCUAAUAAAGUUUCAUUUCAUCA